CUCAUAUCUCUUCAUCUCCGUGAUGUCAAGUGUUAACUUGGUGGAAACUGAGAAGUCGUCUCGUCGGACAAACAGAGAGCCGUUGGGAGGCUUAACCCGGAUUAGUUAAGAUCCCGCUGCCGGGACUGUAACUAUAGAGACUCGGCUAACUUGGUCCCUCCCGGCCAAACUCGGCCAAAUUAUCAUCACCAUCAGCCGUCCUCAGCUGCUAUCAACACAAGUACGAGACUCCAAUCUAAGCUCGCCAACCACAACGUUAAUACCUUUGCUUCGACUUUGUCUUUGAACCUUUCUUCUCCCUUUCACCGCCACGUGCCAUUAGCCGAACGCACUGACGCACUCGAUAAUGCAGUCCUGCCUCCGCGUCUUCCGGGACGUCGCCGCUCUCCGCCAAUGCCGGCGACAACUCCUGCUAAGCCAGCGCACCGUGGGGCUGGUCCCGACCAUGGGUGCCCUUCAUGCUGGACAUCUAUCACUGAUUCGACAAGCCGCACGCGAGAAUGAUGAAGUCUUUGUGAGCAUCUUUGUGAAUCCCACACAAUUUGGCCCGAACGAGGACCUGGGCAGCUACCCACGGACAUGGGACGCGGACAUGGCCAAGCUGGCCGAGCUUGACGCCGAGCUGGAAGCACUGGCAUCUAAGAAACAGAGCGGCGCAAAUAACGUCAUCGCCAAUACACUUGCGAAAGCCACAAAUUCAUCUUCAGCCACAGCAGCCGGCGAGAGCGACGCUGGCGUUGGCGGCCGUAUAACCGCCAUAUUUGCUCCCACCGCCGCAGCUAUGUACCCAUCAGUGCGAUCCCCCACGGAGCCAUCGACAGGUAACUCCUUUAUUACCAUCGAUCCACUUUCACGACUUCUCGAAGGAGCCUCUCGACCGGCUUUUUUCCGCGGCGUCACGACCGUGUGCAUGAAGCUAUUCAACAUUGUCGAGGCGGAGCGCGUAUAUUUUGGCCAAAAGGACGUGCAACAGACUGUCAUUAUUCGCAGAAUGGUGCAAGACUUUUUCGUCAACACUCAAGUUCGAAUUGGCGCGACCGAGCGUGAGGCCGACGGACUCGCGAUGAGUUCGAGAAACGUAUAUUUGGGAGAUCGACGAAGAAAGGUGUCGACAGUUUUGUAUAAGUCUUUGAGGUCUGCGGAAGAUACAUAUCUCAACUAUAACCUCGGCGAGAAGCGCUUGUCUCGUGCCGAUGUCCUGGGACCGGCUCAAGAUCUGCUGCGUGCCGUUACCAGCGAGCAAGAGCUCCUGCCUCCCUCGCAACGCUCGCGGAUUGAAUUGGAUUAUCUUUCACUUGCGGAUCCAGAUACGCUUGAAGAACUGGACGAGGUGGAUCCCUCACGAGGCGGGAUCCUCAGCGGUGCGGUCCGCAUGCUCCCCAUCGAGGAGGCCGUCGAAGGCGAAGACGGCGGACUGGGAGAUGGUAAGGUCACGGUGCGGUUGAUUGACAACAUUAUUCUUCAACCAAGGGUUUGAUGCGGCACGCAUUUUCUGCUAUCGCCUUUUAUGCAUAAUGUAUAUAUUUGCCAAAUAUUUUCGGCAUGACCGUUCAGUAAUACCCUCAUUUUCUUUUCUUUAUUUUCUUUAUUUUUUUAUUUUAAAUUUUUUUGGUUUGUUUUUUUAACGUUCGAAAUGCUUCUGAACAUAUACAGAUCUAGCAUCGCAUUUCGAUACCC